AUGCCAAAGAGACGAAGUGUCGACGAUGAGGCAGCAGACAUCGAUGGCAACACUGCCACGGGUGGGAGCUAUGCAUACUCACAUCCCGGCUCUUACAAUGUCGCUGGAUCGAAUCACGGUGCCUCAACUGCGCAACCCAACCCCCCGCGGAGGGUGGCUUCGUCCUCAUCUCUGUUGCCGCCGAAUUUCCUCCCUCCCAGGCCAGCGUGGUCGUCUCGAACCGCGCUCUCGUCGACGCAUUCCAGUCCAAACAUCGAUGAGUCGCCUGAGAUGUUCUACGCCCAGAUCGCCGAAAGAAGCGUCCUGGCCAAUGAUGAUCCAAUCCACCCGACUGGUCAAUCUGUCUUCCUUGGGGAGGCAUUCAGCUUGACGUAUGUGGUCCACGAGGUGCUUGCGCCACAUUUGAGCGACUCUCUACAUUACAAGAAGAGACUACACUUCCCUAUUACCGAUGCGGCCACUCGGCGACCUCGAUCCUUUUAUGUGAGGGAUGACACGGUCGCCAAUCAGGUCGAGCUGCUCAAAAGGCAAGGGUUAUUCUACCGACCUCCGAGCGAGGCGCUUCAGAAGUUGCUUGAUGCCUAUUUUGAAUACUUCCACCCCGCAUACCCACUGAUUGAGAGAGCCAGAUUUGCCGACGCCCUGCAGGCGGAGCAACAGUCCCACUUGGCACUGAAUGCGCUACUCAUGAUCGCUGUCACCUUGUGCGACGCCGAGACGUUGGAGGCAGUGGGAUGUGGCGAUCGCCACACGGCACGGUCGACCUUUUUUAAACAGGCCAGGAUCCUAUACGACUUGGACGCCGAGCGAGAUAAGAUGAACAUCAUCGUCGGCGUGUUCCUCAUGAGCUUUUGGUGGGGCGGUCCGAACGACCAGAAAGACUCGUGGCACUGGCUGGGGAUAUCUUUGGGUCUUGCGCAGAGCCUGGGGCUUCACCGGACGUGGGUUCUAUGA